CCAUUGAGUUCAAAUAAGCACAAAGAACCACAUUUACUGUUUAACUAUUGCUGAGAAGAUUACAGAGUAAAAAAAGUACGUCUUGUGGACUUUUGUUUGCAAAAACAUAACAAAAGAUAAAACAAAAAUAAAAAACAAUUUAAAUAAACAACAACAACAACAAAAAAAAUAAAACAAACUCAAGUACAUAUGUGCUGACGGUUACAGCGAUAAGCAAGCUCGAAAAAAAACGUGCCCUUAUCGACAAUGUAUCCAAAUUCAGUCGAGAAACGCAACAAAACAAUAAUGAACUGUUUUCGCGAUCGCAAUGGAAGUCGCAAAGAUCUCACCGAUCCACAGAAUUAUAGUGAGACAUUUCGGAAAUACCCAUUGACCAAAAGUUCAAGUCAAAAAAGGAUCAUCUAUCAGUGCGAUGGAAGUUGUGUGCAGCAAAUUCAAGAGCUCUCUAGGAAAGUUAGCUUUCUCGAAAAACAACAUUCAGAUGACAAAACAUACAGAAAAGAUCUGGAAGAAAGAAUUAUUGAAUUGACUAAAAAAUUGGAUCGAUCACAGCAGUCUUCGACAAGAUCAGAAGAAUUGGUAAGAAAUCCAAAUAUCCCUUCAACAAAAAUGGGAAGAACUAUGAGGAAAUUAGCGAAUUGGUGCAACAACAGACCUACGAUUGAAGCUCUCAAAAAGAACAAUAUUUUCCAAGAUGAACCUUGUUUUGAUACCGAACUUGAAAACACUCUUAAACACGAAGUUUUUACAACAAUUCCAAAAAUAGUAGUAGACUGUGUUGAUCUAAUUGAAAGUCAAUUCAAAGCGUCAUCGUACCCAAUCGAAGGGCUUUACCGAGCUUCUGGAGACUACACAAAAAUUCAAGCACUUCGAUUUAGUAUCGACUCGAAUGAUUAUGAUUCAUUGAAAUCGGUGACCAACAUUCACACACUGACAGGAGUUUUAAAGCUGUUUUUGCGUGAGAUUAAGAGCCCCCUGGUUAAAACAAAUGAGAUCAAGACUUUUAUUGGACCAUCUAAUAAAUGGAUGCUUCAAACAAUGACGAAAAAAGUUGAAAUACUUCAAAAUCUGGUAAAAACGUUGCCCGAAUGUAAUCGUGACACUAUGAAUUAUCUAUUCUCUCAUUUUCAUCGUUUGACAAAAGUUCCACUGCAAAAUGUAUCGUCAGAAGUGUUGGCGAUUUCGAUAACUCCAUCGAUUUUGCAUACAGCUUCGAGAGAAUUACAACCACAGGAUCUUCUUAUUGUUUUGAAAGAAACAGAAGUAUUUGCAGAUUGUUUGGGUCUUAUGAUUGACCAUAGUACUAAGAUAUUUGGAACACGAAUUGAUGAUCGCAGUCGCAGACGAAAUGGGAAGUGCUCAAGUUUUCGUAGAAGUUUAUCUCAGCCUUGUUUGGUGGUUUCAAAAGUCUUUUCAUCGGUUUAGAUGAUGAGACAAAAAGGAAGGAGAGAAUUUAUUGGACUUUGUGUUGUAAAUAUUUUGUUAAAAAAAAAAAGAUUGUGUACUAA